UCCCUUUUGCAUGGUGAACAAACUUUGGGGAGGCCAUGAUGAGACACAUAUUUCAGAAAGGAAAGUGUCAUUGAGCUGGUCAAGUAAUGGAAUGCUGAGUCUUAAUGUCUGACUGUGUCACUUGGAUGAGCAAAGAGUGCUGCAGCAAGGGACAAUCCGUUGUUAAAGUAGGGUACAAUACAUAGUGGACAAGGAUAUCUAUUGGUUUAGCUAUAAACCAUCUAGAAGAUAAGCAAACAGGAGGAAAACAAUAAUGACAAAGCUAUUUACAGUUGAGGUCAUCCUGCUAUUACAGCUUUACCAUGGAGCUGGUAAAACAGAUUGGAGCAUACAAGUUCCAGAUACAGUGAAUGUAGAGUCAGGAAAAUCAGCUCGACUUCCUUGCACGUUCACACAUCCUAUUGAUGAUUACAGAGGUAACAUCACAGUUAUCUGGAGAACAGGCAAUACAUUUCAUGGACCAGUCAUCUUUCAGUGUGUUCUCCCAUACCAAGAAAGUGCAGAGACGUACACCUGCAACAAUGUAGCCACCACAUCAGAUAAGGAUCGUUAUUUAUUUAGUGGGAACCCAAACAACAAUGAUAUAUCCAUUGAAAUUGUAAACAUCAGAAACAAUGACAGAAAUGAAUACUUUUGUCGAGUGCAACUUGAAGAUGUCUCUCAUGCUUAUUCAUCUGAAAAACCCAUCAAUCUCCAGGUAAAUGGAAUUGGUAGAUAUGAUUGGAGUAUACAGGCUCCAGCCACGGUGAAUGCUCAACUAGGAAUGUCCACUCGUCUUCCCUGCACAUUUACACACCCUGUUGAUGACUACAAGGGGAAUGUCACAGUUAUCUGGAGAACAGGAGAUCCAUUUCGUGGGCCACUCAUCUUCCAGUGUGUUCUCCCAUACCAAGAAAAUGCAGAAAGUUAUACCUGCACCAAUGCUGUGUCAAACAAGAGAACUCGCUUCAGAUUUGGUGGGAACCUGAAAAAGAAUGAUAUAUCAAUUGAGAUAGUGAGCACCAGUUACAGUGAUAGAAAUAGCUACUUUUGUCGAGUGCAGCUGGAAGACCCUUCUUAUGCCUACUCAUCUGGAAAAGCCCUCCGUCUACGGGUAGAUGGAGCUGGUAAAGCAGAUUGGAGCAUACAAGUUCCAGAUACAGUGAAUGUAGAGUCAGGAAAAUCAGCUCGACUUCCUUGCACGUUCACACAUCCUAUUGAUGAUUACAGAGGUAACAUCACAGUUAUUUGGAGAACAGGCAAUACAUUUCAUGGACCAGUCAUCUUUCGGUGUGUUCUCCCAUACCAAGAAACUGCAGAGACUUACACCUGCAACAAUGUAGCCACCACGACAGAUAAGGAUCAUUAUAUAUUUAGUGGGAACCCAAAUGAUAAUGAUAUAUCCAUUGAGAUUGUAAACAUCAGAGACAAUGACAGAAAUGAAUACUUUUGUCGAGUGCAACUAGAAGACACCUCUCAUGCUUAUUCAUCUCAAAAUCCCAUCAAUCUCCAGGUAAACGGAAUUGGUAGAUAUGAUUGGAGCAUAAAGGUUCCAGCCGUGGUGAAUGUUCAGUUAGGAAAGUCUGCUCGUCUUCCCUGCACAUUUACCCACCCUGUUGAUGAUUACAGGGGGAAUGUCACAGUUAUCUGGAGGACAGGAGAUCCAUUUCGUGGUGCGCUCAUCUUCCAGUGUGUUCUCCCAUACCAAGAAAAUGCAGAAAGCUACACCUGCACCAAUGCUGUGUCAAACACGAGAGCUCGCUUCAGAUUUAGUGGGAACCUGAAAAAGAAUGAUAUAUCAAUUGAGAUACCGAGCACCAGUUACAGUGAUAGAAAUAGCUACUUUUGUCGAGUGCAGCUGGAAGACCCUUCUUAUGCCUACUCAUCUGGUAAAGCCAUCCGUCUACAGGUAGAUGGAGCUGGUAAAACAGAUUGGAGCAUACAAGUUCCAGAUACAGUGAAUGUAGAGUCAGGAAAAUCAGCUCGACUUCCUUGCACGUUCACACAUCCUAUUGAUGAUUACCAAGGUAACAUCACAGUUAUCUGGAAAACAGGCAAUGCAUUUCAUGGACCAGUCAUCUUUCAGUGUGUUCUCCCAUACCAAGAAAGUGCAGAGACUUAUACCUGCAACAAUGUUGCCACCAAGACAGAUAAGGAUCGUUAUUUAUUUAGUGGGAACCCAAAUGACAAUGAUAUAUCCAUUGAGAUUGUAAACAUCAGAGACAGUGACAGAAAUGAAUACUUUUGUCGAGUGCAACUAGAAGACCCCUCUCAUGCUUAUUCAUCUCAAAACCCCAUCAAUCUCCAAGUAAACGGAGCUGGUAAAACAGAUUGGAGCAUGCAAGUUCCAGAUACAGUGAAUGUAGAGUCAGGAAAAUCAGCUCGACUUCCUUGCACGUUCACACAUCCUAUUGAUGAUUACCGAGGUAACAUCACAGUUAUCUGGAAAACAGGCAAUGCAUUUCAUGGACCAGUCAUCUUUCAGUGUGUUCUCCCAUACCAAGAAAGUGCAGAGACUUACACCUGCAACAAUUUAGCCACCAUGACAGAUAAGGAUCGUUAUUUAUUUAGUGGGAACCCAAAUGACAAUGAUAUAUCCAUUGAGAUUGUAAACAUCAGAGACAGUGACAGAAAUGAAUACUUUUGUCGAGUGCAACUAGAAGACCCCUCUCAUGCUUAUUCAUCUCAAAACCCCAUCAAUCUCCAAGUAAACGGAGUUGGUAAAGCAGACUGGAGCAUACACGUUCCAGAUACAGUGAAUACAGAGUCAGGAAAAUCAGCUAAACUUCCUUGCACGUUCACACAUCCGAUUGAUGAUUACAGAGGUGACAUCACGGUUAUCUGGAGAACAGGCAAUGCAUUUAAUGGACCAGUCAUCUUUCAAUGUGUUCUCCCAUACCAAAAAAGUGCAGAGACUUACACAUGUGACAAUGUAGCCACCAGUACAGAUAAGCAUCACUACAGAUUUAGUGGGAACCCAAACAACAAUGAUAUAUCCAUUGAGAUUAUAAACACUAAAUAUGGGGAUAUCAAUAAAUACUUUUGUCGAGUGCAGCUAGAAGACGCCACUCAUGCUUAUUCAUCUGCAAAGGCCAUCAGCCUACAGGUACACGGGCCCCCCAGAAUCCUCAGUUUAUCUACAAAGAUUUAUGAGGACAAAGAGGUUGCUGUCAUUUGUACUGUGGAAGCAGAGCCAGCCCCUACCAUCACCUGGAAGAUCAGCAGCAGCUGUCAACCUAUGCUCCAAUCACUAAGGCACAAUCCUACACAGCAUCUGAUGAUCGGGGAGAUCCAGAAUAUAACCAGCUCAGCAAACUACACCUGUAUUUCCAUCAAUGAGCAUGGAAGAGAUGAGAAAGUGUUUCAGUAUCUUCUUGCCAGUUCAGCAGGAAUCCCUGUUUUGGAAAAAUCAGAAGCACUUAAACGGGAACUGAAGCCACUCAAUGAAGCUGUUAUUGUUCUAACCCUACUAUGUAUAGCAUUGCUCAUUCUCCUGUUUAUCUUAGGAUACAAAUACAGAGUUGAUGGGUCUUCGGAUACGACCUCAGAUCUGUCUUCAGCUACUCAAGACUUUGGAUCCCAAGCUCAGACUCUUCCUCUUACCUGUAGCUCCCUGCAAAGCCCACCAUUUCCUCAGAUCAAGUUUGCCCAAGAGAAAUAA